UUUAUUAUUGUUUUCAUUUUACCCACGAAAACGUAAACGUUCGCUAUUUUUGCCCCAUUGUUGUUGCUUUUAUUCUUAAGUAGCAAAGUCAAGAGCUAAAAAUAUUUCCAAAAAUAUCGUCAUCAAACGCACAGAACAGCGGUCAGGCGAUUUGACAAGAUCAAAGAUGGGAAUUAUAUUAGCAAAAUUUCGGAAAGAGAAAUCCACGCAGGAGGUCCUCGAAGAAUUGCAAGGAAAAAUAGAUGAGUUGGAGGACUUCACCUAUAAUACACAAGAACAAAAGAAACGGAUUGUUGGCAAUUUUCUGGCCGUAUCCAUUGGCAUAUACAUAAUUGCUUUUGUUGUCUUCUAUUUUGUAUAUUUUCCACCUACAUGGAGGGAUCGUAUAGUAUAUUCCAUACCGCUGUUGCUGUUUCCCAUCAUUAUUAUCUUCCUGCGUCAUUUAUUCUCCUGGUAUUACCAGCGAAAGCUAAACAAGAACUCGAAAAAAUUAACUGCCUUAAGGGCCGAAAAGAAGAAAAUUCUCGAACAAGUCAUGGAUAAGGAGACCUAUAAAGUGGCUGUCAAUCUGUUGGCUCGUUUUGCCGAUAAACCUAGUCGGACAACUUUUAGUGCCACCACAUCCAGUUUACGCACACCUGCAAAAUUACCACAAACAACGUCUUCACUGAAUCGCUCCUUACCCGUAACUGCAAUGAAAACCACACAAUUGGCGUUAACAUCGCCGGCGGCUCAAAAGACUUCAUUAGGAGCUGGUAACACUUCUACCAUAUCAAAUAAUAGUCCACGAACUGCAACUACAACAGCGCUAUCGCCACUUUAUGACAGUACCGCAAAUCAAAGUGGCCAGUUAGUGCGUCGCCGUACGCCUUUUCCUGUCGUCAAUCAAAAUGAAAAGGGUGUAUUUGAGAAAAUUGUCGAUGUUUUAAUUGGUGAUGGACCGGGAGAUCGUUUUGCCAUGAUUUGCAAGGAAUGUUAUGCUCAUAAUGGUAUGGCCUUGAAGGAGGACUUUGAAUAUACCACAUUUAGAUGUGCAUUCUGUAAUGCUCUGAACCCGGCCAGGAAGGCAAGACCGGCUGCUCCACGUUUGACGCUUAAUGCAAAUACACCCCAGGCUGGUGCUGCUAAUGCUUCUCACUCUUCAUCAGACGAAAAAGAUGAUUCAGAUGAUGAUCUAUUACCCGUAACUGCAACACAAUUUACAACGCCCCUAACUAGCAUGACUACACGUAAUGCCAAUGUAGAUACUUCAUCAUCUUCGGAAGAUGAGGCUAGCCAACCAAAAACAGUUAACAAACCGUUGCUAGCCACAAAACCAGCAGAUGGGGAAGAGAAACAAGAUGAAGCCACCAACAGUGAUGUAAAGUCUGAAAAGUUAGAAAAGUCUGACUCGGCCAUAGAUGAUGUGACUAUGAGUCCGAAAGAAUAGAGAAGUUAAAGCUAUAGCACUAAAAACUCACCAGCCAAUUAACGUUGAAUUUAUUAACCUUUUGCUAUUUUUAUGCAUUUUGUUACUUAGUAAUUAUUUUUUUUAAAUAAUUAUAUUUUGUAUUCUCUUCAUUUCUAAUAUUAAUAGUUAAGCAUUUCUUCUAUCCAAACCUUUUUAUACAUACAUCGUUUUUAUUUAAAAUUUAUAAUUUUAUUUAAUUAUGUUUUUCCUUUUUAACAAUUUUAAUGCAUUGCUUUUAAGAUGUUUAUUAAUUAGCACUCUUUUGUGGAGAACCAAGCCUUAAUAUAAUAAUUUAUUAUAGAUUUUGUGCAUAAUGAAAUCACCAAUCCAAAAUAUAUUUUGAAAUCUGUUUAUUAGAUAAUAUCCAAUUGAAUUAAGAACUAAAGAUUUUUAAUUAUAUUUUGGUUAGAUGGCAAGGAAUAUUCAAAAUAUUCAUGCCGCCUCUUGUCUAAUGAAGAAAACAAAUUGUAAAUUAUGAGUAAAUUAAUUUAAAAUAAAAACAAAAAAUCUGUAAAAAUUUGGAGAAAAA